ACUUCAAAUCUCAACUCUCCAUUUUCUUGAUUUUGAAGUUUCAACGUUCCAAAAUCCACUGCGUUAUCCUCUUUCGUCCUACUUUCUUGGCUGCCCCACAAACAACUAUACAACACUUCCAGAUUCUCAGUGUUGCCUCCUCCAUUCCACUCCCCCUUGUAUUUAUUAAAACCUGAUUAUACCCCCCUCUUUCAAAAACCAUUCUCUCUCUCUCUCUCUCUCUCUCUCUCACACACACACACAGAGAGUUCAUAGGUUUCUCCGUUUGUGGGGUACUCUGCGUUGACAAAAAGGAGCUUCUCUAAUCUUGGAUUGACUGAGGUACUCCUUUGAAAUUCUCCAUUACCUUUGUUAGAUCUGGCUGUGUUUUAGGAUCCCUUUUUGUUGUUAAACCCUUUGACCUUUUAAAAAUUCAAUCUUGAAACCAUUUAUUGAGCAAAAAAAAUUCAAUCUUGAAACCUCCUAUAAUCUGCACUAUUGGUGAAUCUUAGAUUAUUGAAUAACCAUUGAGCUUAAAGGUUCCAAUUUGUUUGAAGAGCUUGAAUUGACCUUGAGCUGUUGGUUUUAUUAGUUUUGGCCUUUUGGGUAAGGAAAAGUUGUUGAGUUCCAUCAAAAUGAGUGAAUCCAAACCAGAAGCCCCAGUUAAUAAUGCUCCUUCUUAUUCCAGAAACUUUCCUGAUUUCAAACAAUCUGUGAAACUGAAGUAUGUGAAACUUGGAUAUCAUUACCUCAUUACUCAUGGAAUGUAUCUAUUUUUAUCCCCUCUAGUAGUUGUUCUUGCUGCUCAACUCUCUACGUUCUCGCUCAGUGACUUAUAUAUUCUUUGGGAGCAGCUUAGGUUCAAUCUCAUAUCCGUCGUCAUAUGUUCCACCCUUUUGGUCUUCCUGUCCACCCUCUAUUUCCUAACCCGCCCUCGCCCUGUAUACCUUGUUGACUUCUCGUGCUAUAAGCCUGAAGAUUCUAGGAAAUGCACGAGGCAGAUUUUCAUGGAGAGGUCAAAGUUGACUGGUUCGUUCCCUGAUGAAACUCUUGAGUUCCAAAGGAAAAUUCUUGAGAGGUCUGGACUUGGUGAAUCGACUUAUCUCCCUGAAGCUGUGUUGAGGGUACCGCCAAAUCCUUGUAUGGCAGAAGCACGAAAAGAAGCUGAGAUUGUUAUGUUUGGUGCCAUUGAUGAACUCCUUGCUAAAACCGGUAUUAAGUCAAAGGAUAUUGGAAUUCUAGUAGUAAAUUGCAGCUUGUUUAAUCCAACCCCCUCAUUGUCUGCAAUGAUCGUGAACCAUUACAAGCUUCGUGGAAACAUUGUUAGCUACAAUCUCGGUGGAAUGGGUUGCAGUGCUGGUUUAAUCUCGAUUGAUCUUGCAAAAGAUCUUCUUCAAGUCCAUCCCAAUACUUAUGCUUUGGUGCUCAGCAUGGAAAACAUCACUUUGAACUGGUAUUUUGGGACUGAGAAAUCCAUGCUCCUUCCGAAUUGCUUAUUUCGAAUGGGAGGCGCUGCUGUAUUGCUCUCUAACAAAGGAUCUGAGAGAAGAAGAUCAAAGUACCAGUUGGUUCAUACUGUCAGAACUCAUAAAGGUUCUGACGACAAGUGUUUUUCUUGUGUUUACCAAAUGGAAGAUCCCAAUGGAAAAGUUGGAGUAUCGCUGUCGAAGGAUUUAAUGGCAGUAGCUGGCGAUGCGCUAAAAACCAAUAUCACUACAUUGGGUCCUCUUGUACUUCCCAUGUCCGAGCAGUUGCUUUUCUUUGCGACGCUCGUGGGAAGAAAACUGUUGAAGAUGAAGAUCAAGCCUUAUAUCCCAGAUUUUAGAUUGGCCUUUGAGCAUUUCUGCAUUCACGCUGGCGGCAGAGCUGUGUUAGAUGAAAUUGAGAAAAACCUGCAACUUACCGACUGGCACAUGGAGCCUUCAAGGAUGACAUUGUAUCGAUUCGGAAACACCUCGAGUAGCUCUCUUUGGUAUGAAUUGGCCUACUCGGAAGCUAAGGGAAGGAUCAAGAGGGGAGACCGAACUUGGCAGAUAGCAUUCGGUUCAGGGUUCAAAUGUAACAGUGCAGUUUGGAAAGCUUUACGAUCAAUUAAUCCAGCCAAGGAGAAGAACCCGUGGAUGGAUGAGAUCAACCAGUUCCCCGUGGAUGUUCCACGGGUUGCAAAAAUCUAACAAUCCGAUGGAGCUAUCAUUUAGCUUAGCGUUCCCAAAAUUGUUGGGGAAUUAUUCUUUAUCUGUUGCAAUGUGCUGUUCAGUCGUUUCCUUUUGUGAUUUGAAAGCUAGUCUUUAGCUGAUGUAAUUCUGUUGAGAAGCUGGGAUAGGGAAUUCUACUUGCUUUCAAUUGUAAUGAGGAUCAAUCAAUUAAGUGUUCUUCUCAUUUUGAUGUUUCUUGGAUAUUGAGUUUAGGGUCAUUGAUUUGGUGGAGUUGAGGGGGUAAUUGCUGAAUAUCUGUCAGUUGAUAUUCAUGUGUACUAUUUAUUAUUCAAGAUUUAUCCUAGAAAUUGAUAUUCAUCAUGUAAUGCCUGAUUAA